CUCUAAUUAAAGAUACAACAAAUAAUCUUCCAAUACAACAUGAAGAACAAAACUUGUCUAAAGAAAAAGCUGAAAAUAAGAAAGUUCAAGUUUCUGAAAAUUUCAAAUUACUAUUAAGCCGAUUUGUUGACAAUGAUCAUCUUUCAGAAUAUAAAGAAAAGAGUAAUGCUUGUGUUUGGCGUUGA